AAGGCAAGUGUAACCGAAGGCAAACUGUUGCAACAUAGGCAGCUAUGCAAGGCUGAGUCUGUUCGAAAGUACACUUUCUUCUAACAUAGCAGCAAACAGGAACUUGACUUAUAACGCAAAGUCCAUUUGGCUUCUAUAGAAGGGAGUUCCUUAGAGGAAUGUCUUCAUAGAUGCUCCUCCUACCCAUCAAUGAUAGUAUCAGUCUGGGCGAGCUACCUUCUAGUUCAAGAUCCACCUCCUCUACUUGUACAUGUCAGCAAGUCCUUAAACUCUGGCCUAGUGACCCUCGCUCGAGGAAUCCUUCACAUGGGGAUUUCCUGCUUCAGUAAAGACCGCAGCAGACCAACGUGCCGCCACAGUCAGAGUCACCGUCACAAUCGUCAUGGCCAACACCACCAACCGGUGAGGGUUCAACAUUUGGCCGGCGUCCAGUCGGUUCAGCAGAGCAUGCAGAGACAGCAGCCCAGACAGAGUAACGGACGUUUCCCGCCUGGCGGGCGGGGGAACGCUGGACACCCGAAUCUGUCGCCCUCAACGACGACGGGGAUGUCGUCUAGCGAUUGCGAUGACGAUGAGGAUGAGGAUACGUAUGUUGAAGCGCUCGUAUCAAAUACACUUCUUAUCAUCAGGAGAUUAGUGGACAAUGACCCGGAACCACCCUAUUCCAUGCUGAGACUUCAUGACACUGCUGAAAGUGAACGUGGUUGGCUGAGAGUAGUCUUAUCAAUGAUUCGUGUGAUUCCGAUGGAGGAUGGUCUGGGACCUGCUGUAAUAACCCUUCUCAUUGAUGAGUGUCCCUUACCAACGGUGGAAACGAUCCAUAGGCUUUACAGGUCUCUUCGGAUCUCUAAGGAACUGUCUGAGGAGGCCGAGGUAUACGCAGCCAGACAUCGGAACAUCACAACCGUCUUGGGCUGUCUCGCUGAGAAGCUGGCUGGGCCUAAGAGUAUCACCAUGCUGACCAACAACGUCCUGCAGUACCUACUUGCUAACCUGAACCUGAAGUUGAAUCCACAAGUUGUUCUCUUCUCACUGAUAGCGUUGGAGAAGUUUUCACAAACAUCUGAAAAUAAGAUCACCAUCUCCAAUGGCGGCAUAAGACAGUACCUACUCCCCCUUGAGAAGUACGCCUCAAGUGAGAACCUCCUUCUCAGACAAGUCGGAUUCUGUGCUCAGUGGUGUCUGGAUAACCUAUUUGUGGUUGAGGGAAGACCCUUCACGUACGAGUCGGUGUCUUUACAGAGGUGCAACGCGAUGCUGAAUGAUAAAGAUGUCAGUGAAUAUCUGAAGAUAACACCAACAGGUCUGGAGGCUCGUAGUGAUGCCUCAUCAUUUGAAAGUGUUCGGUGUACAUUCUGCGUGGAUGCCGGGACGUGGUACUAUGAGGUCCGCGUCAUUACAGAUGGCGUCAUGCAGAUCGGCUGGGCCACUAAGAACAGUAAAUUUCUCAAUCAGGAGGGGUAUGGCAUAGGUGAUGAUGAGUUUUCCUUCUCCUAUGAUGGCUGUCGGCAGCUUCUCUGGUACAAAGCAAGGAGUAGACAGCAUCGUCAUCCAAUGUGGAAAGCAGGGGACAUCGUUGGGUUUCUGCUGGAUUUGGAACGUCAAGAAAUUCUCAUCUCACUCAACGGGCAGUUCCUGCCUCCAGAAACAGACCUCUUCGAAUCUGCCCAGACUGGGUUCUUUGCAGCAGCAAGCUUCAUGUCUUUCCAACAGUGCGAGUUUAACUUCGGAAUGAAGCCGUUUGCGUUUCCACCUAAUGUGCCGUUCAAAACUUUUAAUGACUACGCAACAAUGGCGGCGGAAGAUAAAGUCAUCUUGCCAAGGCAUAAAAAGAUGGCUUUAUUGCGACACAUGAGCGUCAGUGACAGUGCCUGUAACCUCUGCUUUGACAGGGAGGCAAAUGUUAUACUUAAACCAUGCAACCACAGCGGAGUGUGCAUGGAAUGUGCAAUGCAACUUGAGCAGUGUCAUCUGUGCAGGAGUCCCAUAGAACUACGUGCCUUGCACAGUGUCACAGAGGUCGUCCAAUCAUGACAAAGCGAUUAACAAAGAGAUUGUACUUCAUGUCACCCCAAAUCAACGAAGGCCAAACUGGAAGGGACGGUAAGCCACUGCUUCUUGGCUGGUUAAUUAUAAUCGAGUAUUUUCAGGUAACAUGUCAGGAACAUAGCCUGUGAAAAACUUUCACUCAAGUAAGUGCUUGGGUUUUCAAGAACAUGCCAGUCUUUUGCACUUUCAGUUGUUGGGACUUGCUGUUGUUGUUGUUCUAUUAUUCCCUUUUUUAAAUAAUCCCCUUCUUGGGGACAAGUUUAAAAAAAGAAAAACAUUGCAGGACUAUUUUAUUGUGUAAAAAUCCCUGCAGCUGCGUGUAUGCCUGCAUACAGCACUUGAUCGGUCAUAUAAAGGUAGCAAUGUUUUAAAGUGUUCUUCUUUCAAGAUUUCACCAACAAAUAUUUGUGGGUGGGUCAAAAGAAAAUACUUGGAAAAUCAAACUCGAUUUUCAAUUUGAAAAUAAUUAGGAAUUGUUAUGGAAAUCAAAACGUGC